AUUGCAUGAGAAGUCUUGCAUACCGUUCAGCGGUGAAGAAACAGCACCGAAAAACAAACUCAAUGACUUAGCUUUUUGCACUAAGCAGUGGUUGCAGUUUUUCAGGAUGGAAAUACUCACUACUGCCUCCGUCCCAGUCGACAGGCGAAAAUACUCGUAUAGAUACUACAGUUUGAUAACCGAUGUUGGUGGUUAUAUAUGUAGAUCUAUCCUUUAUUACCAUGUAGGCGGACUUCCCGAAUUUCUAACUAGAUCGAAGACCGAUAUUGAAGAUUUUUAUUUCAAAAGAAACGGUAAACCAAAGAUACUCAAUCAGUCACAGCUUGACGUCUUGUUUCCGGAUGGAAAGGCGGCUUCAACAGCAGAAAAGUUUGACCUCACCUUGGUUUUAUUUUUGCUGAGUACAUAUACAUUUCGUGAUCGAGUAUCAAAUGCUUUGUGGAAGAAGGAGCUUCACGAAAUUGACCGUCUAGACAACACUCCAAUAGCUUAUUUGGCAAGGAUAAAGUGCUAUCGAAAUAAGAUCAAUGACCUCUCUGAUACUAGCGUAGGGUUAUCUGAAAAGGAUUUCUGGGAAUUUUGGGGAGAACUCACAAGGAUAUUUCUACAGCUUGGACAUUUCUAUACAAUCCCUAAUAUCUGUGAAAUGAUUGACAAAGUAUUACAUGCUCCUUUCGAUACUGAACGGGAAAAUGAGCUUGAGAGAGAGAUCCAAGAUCUUCGAGAUGAUUUGGGACAAAUAAAGGACAUGGAUAAAACGGUUACUGAAAUGUUUCAAACCGUGGAUGUAGGUCAAAGUGAUAUGAAGGAACAACUGGAAGAUAUUAAGAACAAGCUUACAUUUACAGCACAUAGUCAGGAGGAAGUUAGAGACGUUUUGGCAGAUGAAUAUUUUGUGAAAACAAAGCAGUACCAUGAGGCAAGACAGUUGCUACUGGAAAACAAAAUAAUUGUUUUGAAUGGAGCUCCAGGAGAGGGGAAGACAACAAUGGCAAAAAAGCUUGUUUCAGGGGUGUCAAACGUUGCUUUCAAAAAAGUGUCAUCUAGGGCUGACUGGGAAAAUAUCACUUUUGACAACCCUAAUGUAGAUGCUGUGUUGAUAGAUGAUAUGUUUGGUGCUGGUGUAUUUGAUAAGGAAGAAUGCAGAAAAUGGCAAAAACUAUUACCAUCAAUUGCAAAGUGGGUGCAAGAAUGUCCGGAAACUCCUCGAUAUGUUGUAAUAACGUCGAGAACGUACAUUCUUAAAGAAGCAAUGAAAAAAUUGUUUCUUGAUGCACUCUUUACGGAAACAAAUAUCUGUACACUCUUUUCUUACAAACUUUCGUCAAAUGAGAAAAAAACAAUUUUACAUAAUCACUUUAAAUAUGCUAGAAGUAAAAUAGGCGAAACAUACUUUUUGAAAGAUAACAAAAAACAUGCUGACCUCCUCAUUAGAAUCAGUGAACUUGAGCUCCAAGAGAUUGGUCCGGCUUUCACAAUAGGAUUUCCAGAAUGUGCAAGACUGUUCGCAAGUAAUGCGUACUUAUAUCGGGGCGGAAUCAAGUUUUUUGAAAAACCAAUGAAACAUAUAUUGAAAUGUGUAUCCGAAAUAUGUCGAAAUGAUGACGUCUAUAUAGCAUUUUUUGUACUUUGGGCACAACUGAAUAGAACUAUUAGGACUAGAGAUCUCGAACAGUCUGUUCAGGCAACACCACUUGAUAUCAAAGAUCCUAUCCUGAAACUUCAAUAUCGGCCACAGGACCACCUGCGAAAGAUGCGGGAGGUAUUGUACAAUCACGUGCACAAAGCGGGUUUCAUACGAUUAGAUUUAGAAGAAAGGUUCCAAUUUAGUCAUGAUGUGGUUCGAGAUGCUGUUGGAUUGAUAGCGUUUGAAAGAAACCCCACAGCAGUGCUUUCACUUUGUGACAAAGAUUUCAUUAAAACAUACAUUAAAAUUUCAUCUGAACCUCACGCAAGUACAACAAACCUGGCAAAUCAGACAGUAGAAGGGUCAAAAGUAGAUAUCAGGCUGCCGCCAUCGCGUUUCGAUCAACUGAGUUUGAGAAUAGCAGUCUUUGUCAUUCCAGGUAACCUACAUCCGUUAGGGUCAGACCUUCCCUUAAAUGGUGAAAAACAGUCUGGAUUCUUAGAAAACCAUUCUGUUUUCCAAUAUGAGAUUUUUGAAAACGAAGGCUUUUGUUCAGCUUUCAUCAAAGCCAACAGAGAACAGGAAUAUCUGAAGACUCUUCUGACAACACCUUUGAGAAGAAUUGAUUCGGAACUUGUAAAAUACAAGUUUAUUGAUCUUACACAAGUGAACACUGAAAUCGGACUUUCGUCAUUCUUAUUAUGGCGUAAUGAAAAGGUCACAUUCUUAGCAAGGCAAUGCUAUCAAGAAAUAAAGAAAUAUCCUAACGUCUUGCAACAAGAGCUAUUUAUAGCUUUGCUUAUUGCAUGCGCAGUAGGCUCUCAUGAAAUGGCAGAUUUUAUUCUCACAAAUGGUGGACAAAUAAAUUCUCAAAUGAUACUCAUGGCCUACGACAAGGUUCAGAAACAGCAGUCAUCAUCUGUUGAUCAUCUUCACCAAAGCAGUCAGACUGAUACUUCUGAACGACAGACAGAUGAAACAAAAUUUCUAAACUUCUUACUAGAAAAAGCGAGUUUACCUGACUCUAGCGGAUAUUUUCCGAUCCAUUUAGCUGCACUUGAAGGCUGUACUGAUAUUAUACGGGAGAUACUUUGGCACGAUCCGUCACAAGCGGAAAAGCGUUUUACCUCAUCGAACCAAAAGAGUUUGAAAGGGACAUCUUUAUAUCAUAUAGCAGCUUUCAAACAAAAUAAAGAUCUUAUUGAUAUUCUCUUAUCGAAAAAGGUCCCUGUCAAUGUAGACAGUGAAGAACGAACGCCUUUUCUAUACGCUGUUCACAAUGGUAAAAGCAGAGUUGCAGAAAAGCUUAUGAAAAUAGCGAAAGAAAAUGGAGAUGAAAUGCUUCCUGAUAUGUCAGGCAAUACUCCAUUGCACAUAGCGAUAACAAAAUCUGUAACACAGAAAGAUGAAAACAGCAGAAGAGUCUUCAAAGAAAUUGCUUUGGCGUUGUGCAGAGAUAGCACUUCUAAUCUCCAUCUGAAAAAUUCAAAUGGUCAAAGUCCAUUGUACAUAGCAUGUAUCAAUUCUUCAUCAGAGGUUAUCAGAGAACUUCUUAGAAGGGAACCAGACUUUUUUGGGAAAGAGCAAACGUUGCUUCACGAUCUGGUCAGAAAUGACAACUUGAGGGCCAUCGAGUUAUUACUUAGUAAUGACUUCGAUCAGUUUAUGACAGAUGAGGAGAACCGAACUCCUUUAAAACUAGCCGAAGAUUUGGGUCAGAAGAAAAUUGCGGAUCGGUUACGACAACAUAGAACAGACGUAGAGAAAAGUAAUGCACCUCCUUCUUCCGACAAAGAGAAUGAUCUUCCUGAAAAAGAUGACAACAAAGGAAAUGCAUCAGAAUCGGCACUGGGUGAUAAGAAUCAAAUGACUUCUGAUUCAACUACAGAUAUUUAAGCGUACUAGAUGCACUGGAUCUCGCAAUACGCUGUAAACGUACCAAAACGUGUAAAAUCUGUCAAAUGCCAUUAGCCGUCGGGGACAUAUAGGUAAAAUACGAUCAGAUUGUCCCUGCACUAUAUUUUAUUCCAAGGUUUACUGAAAUCUCUUAUCAUAGGUGUAGCUGAAAGACAAACUUGAUUAUAAAACGUACAUAGCCAUGCAGAAGUGAUAUAAUUUCCAUUCCUAUUGCAAAUUUGAAACGCUUCAUACAUCUGUUUAUAUUCCGCUCCUAUAUAUUUAUAUCUUUAGGUUUUGCUUAUGAGGAUACCACAUAACUUAAUUUUGAUUCAUGGGUCCAACUUCUGUAUCCUAAUUACCAGCACCAAAUAUAUUUAUUGUUGAAUAUACCUGACGUCAGUGCAGUGUUUAAUCUAGUACGUAUUAUGUUUUUACCAAUGUUUAGAUAUAAAACUCUUGUUAGAUAUAAAACUCUAGUUUCGGAACUAAUAAAAUAAACGAUUUUUUAUGAAACAGUUACUUGUGUUUCAUUUUUGCAGUGUAGUGGCGUAAAAGAAUGUAUUCGAUUGUGAUAGACAUGUGCAUUUCUAAUACUUCAAGUGUAUAAGUAAUAAAUAAAUAUUGAUUCCAAGAUCCUGUAAGUAAAAUCAAAAUGUUGUUGGUUUUACAGUAAGCUGAACGCCUUGAAUUAGAAUUUCAAACUUGCAGAUGCACAUUUGUUUAUUCUAAAGAUAACUUUUAAAUAUCUUUGUGACUAAUUUUAUUAUUUCGUGUAAAUGCAAAAUAAUAUCUAUGUACCUGACAUAUGAAGGUUGAUUUUACACAUAAAUAUCUUAUGUGUUUUGCUAACUGACAAUUCACUACAUUCUAUUUUUGCACUGGUUUGUUUGCUAUCCAUGUAAAUACCAUGUAUCUUUUAUAUGUAAGACUGAACGAAUUACAAAUAAUAAUUUGUCCGGAGUUUUGAAUGUAAUAGUGAUUGAAAGAGCUCAAGAAUUUGUUUGUUGCAAAAUAAUAUUAUAUUUUAUUAUUAUUUGUAUUAUAUUGUUAUGCUCUUAAGAAUUGGAUAUUAUUGAAAUUUUUAGAAUCUUGGUUUGAAUUUGGAAUAUGUUUAGUGUAAAUUGUAGUAUUGCUUCUUAACAUAUGUGACCGAAUGUCAAAAUAUAUAGUAUUAAGGAGGUAGUAUACCUUGUCACCAGCGUAGAUUCAAAUUAAUUGAAUCGUUGCGAUUUAUUCUGUUUCGUGUAAUUUAAUAUUUUAGCAACUACUAUCUCAAUUUCGUUUAUCUCUGUCCAUUCAAUUACAAUAUUUAUCCAGUUUUUAUCCUCCAAAGGUAUCUUAUGUUGGGAGAAGAAGAAAGAUACGGAUAUUUAACAUUUUCAGUGUUUUUCGGUUUCACCAUUACAUUACUCGUAUAAGUUUGCGUAGUUGAUAAUUUUAGUUCGUUGUAAUCAUUGUCGUUCCGUUCACAUCACGUGUCCCAUAUACGAAAGCAAUUGCUUACUUAUUAAAAGUGGGAGGCAAGCGGGAAUAGCUUAUAAAUAGCAUAAAUAGGUUUCCUACAAUUAAGAUAUUUUUCUUCUUUAGUUCGGACACUUAGAGUUGCCUUUCUCGUGGUCAUAUGUUUCUGCACUUAAAUAUCAAACGCUUGUAACUAUGUAGUUUUGCAUACACCAAUGUAGAUGGUUUUGCUUUUGAGAAAUAUAUAGACAUUUGUAUAUCUGUCGUACUUUAAACAGAAAUGUUUGAUUUUAAAAAAUAAAUGUAGUUACUGUCACUAAAUAAUUGUAUAUACUAGAUUUUUUCCAUACUGAAAAUGUUUUGGGUAGGGUAAGAAGCAACCGGAUUCAUUCAAAUAUAUACAUGUAAAAAGUCAUACAAGUUUGUCAAAAGUAACCUCAGAUCUUUUGAUAUACAUGUAAGAUUUUCCAAUUUUUUUUUAGACAUGCGGAUUCAUCGGGAGAUACUGUCUUAAACUGGUAAACUGCUGAACUUUCCAUCACCAUUCAUUUUUAAUAACUAUUAGCUAAUAUUUAAAGAUGAAAAUGAAAUUUGUUAUUUUGAAUAGAAAUAUAAUGAACAUUUUUAAUUGAAAAUAUUUGUUCAUGUAUAUUUGAUCAUAUGUUGCGUGGUUUGAUGAAGUUGUGAAAAAUAGUCGAUUGACCUUAUGUUUCGGUACUUUUUCUGUAUAUAUUUUGUAUUAUGAUAUCUUAUCAUUUCCUGUUAUCUUAUCCAUUCCUGUUAUAUUUAUCCUUCAUGUCAUUAAUUUUCGCGUUUCUUGUUCUUGUUCUUGUUUUUAUUUUAUUUUAAACUACUAUGUAUUUCAACUACUAUGUAUUUCAGAAUAUUUUCAUGAAGAAAUGAAUGGACUCAAAUAAGUAAACAAUUUUUCCUGUUGUGGAUCAUAUUCUUAUUACUUUUUCUUUUUUAAAAUUGUUUUAAAACAAAUUAUGGUUCAAUCAAUUAUUUAAUUUCAAAGUUUUUAAAACCAAUAAACCGUUUGAUAAAAUUCUGAGUCAUAAUUACAUUCUUUAGGAUUUGAUAAUUUGUGUGCUAACUAUUUGCCUUUAAAUCCUCCAAUAAUAAGUAACGAAAUAAUUUGUAUGUACAAAUGCAAAUGUUUCUAUUGUAACGUUACGUCAUCGCGGUUGAUUGGCAUUAUAUUCAGAUGAUUUUGCAAAGAAAAAAUUUCGUAGUUGGAAGAAGUAUUGGUGUUUUAUUUUUUGUGUUUGAAGUUGUCAAAGUAUCUUAUCACAAAAGUACUUAAACAUUUGUUCGCAUAUGGUUAUGAAUGCGUCACGUUAGAUAGACUCCAGUGCCUCAUUCUGUUGCGGAUUCAAAUUAUUCAGUCAUUUCCUAAAAUAUUUAUAUUAAGGAGUUAUACUUUUGAAUAAAAUAUCUGAGAAUUUUCAUACUUUAUCUUUGUCAUUUGAAUUACUGUCAGAUUCACCAAUGGCAGAAAUUAACAAUGGAAAAUACCCUUAUAAAAUUCUUUGUUUUAAAUUUAAAGACUUAAUCCGAAAUCAACUUGCUCAUUUUGCGUUUACUUUUCUUUGGUAAUUUAUAACAAAUAUUAUUUUCUAAAUUUCGCAAAAAAACUACUGAGGCCUUUAAAUAACACGUGAGUAAUGAAGACAAUCUGGUAAGGAUGACGACUUCUGCAGUACUUUUGUAAGCACUGAUGCGAAACAUGUUCAUAUACAUUAGAUUUUGUAUAUCGAUUGACGUAUGUAUUUUUCAUAUAUCUAUCUCUGUUGCAUGAUAAAACUGUACUUGUUGUUGAUUUUGAAGCAAACCGUCCACAUUUUUUUUCCAUUUCAGCUUCUUUUGUUGUGGGUCUACUUCGCGAUGCACGGUUCUAUGGCUGUGUUUGGGGUGCUCUGUGCUUCCGGGAAGUCUACACUUACCUUUUGUCUUUUGAUGUGAUAUGACUUUUUAAUUUUAUGACUGUAUGAUAUGUUAAAGCAUUAAACGUUAACAAAUCAAUAUAGCAACUGCAUCAUAUUAUGUUGACUCUUAAUUUAUAUUAUUAUUUUAUAAACCUUUAGGAAAAUUAUUGAUCAAAUUUGGUUUGACUGAGUCUGCUUCAGUUUCAAACAUUUCUAAGUUCACUUUCUCAACUAGACGGGUUUUGCAAGCUUUGAAAGGCCCCAAUUGAAACAAAAUUGAUUUCUAAUGUUUAAUUUCCUCAAAUUUUAGGAAUGCAAAAUACAUUAAAGACAGAAUUAAUUAAUUCAGUAACUUUGUGUGUUCUCUAUUGAUCACGUGAUUAUCAACAUUUCAAUCAUUGUUACUGUAGUUCAACUAGAAAGAUUGGAUACUUACUAUGAAUUGGUAAUUCACAUGUUACAGGAUAGGCAUGUGACUGCUGUUACAAUUGAAAACGCAUGUGUUUUUUCCAGAUAAUACCUUUUACCAUAACAUUGGUAAUAUAAAUAUCGCAUAACGGCAGUUUCAUACGCACGACGAAUGCAGAUAAUUUUUGCAUUAUUAGAACUUAGUUUUGCAAUAAGGUAAAUGUUAUGCUAAUGCAAUGUUUGCAUUGUAUUGUACUACUGAAAUGUAUAUAUAAUAAA